AUGAGUCUCCAGCAGGCCGGGCGUCCCGCGGGCGUGGCCUUGUGCCUGUCUGGAGUGACGUCGGCAUCGGCAACGGCAGCGCCCGCCGCGCAAUCUCCAAUUCCAGCACCAGCGCAAGCCCGUGGCUUCUCACCGUGGAGAACGAGACACCCUAAUGUCCCACGCCAUGGACGAGGCCAGAUGAUUCUUUUGAGGACACAUACUCCCCACGUCGCCUGUCUACGUCUACGCGCCCUCCAAUCCGCCUCCAUCGUCGCCGCCCUCUCAAGCUGCGCCUACCUUGCAGCCUCGUCUAAGCUGACAUUUAACCACGUUUCAAAUUCAAAUACCACGCCCUCCGCCGCCGCUCGUUACUCAACAAACUCUCUUCCUCACCUCUCUCUCUUGCGCAGCAAACUUCGAUCACUACCUACCCUCGUUGCAGCUUCAGCGCCCCAGAUGCGAUCACACACAGGUCCUGGCCAUGAGGAUGGCCAUGACCAUGGUCACAGCCAUGGACACGGUCACGGCCAUAGCCACGGCAUCAUGGGCCAUCAUCACCACCACGACAAUGCCUAUCUCACCUCGGCCAACAAGGACGACCCUGGCGUUCGAAUUACUCGAAUUGGCUUGCUCUCGAACUUGGGCAUGGCAAUUGCCAAGUUCGCUGGCGGCUGGGCCUUUAAUUCCAAGGCCAUGACGGCCGACGCCUGGCACAGCAUCACGGAUCUCGCAUCGGACGUUCUGACCCUCGCGACAGUAACAUGGAGCUUGAAGCCGCCAUCCGACCGAUUCCCCAUGGGCUUUGGCAAGGUUGAGAGUCUUGGUUCGCUCGGUGUCUCGAGCAUGCUUCUGGCUGGUGGUCUGUACAUGGGUUGGGACAGCGGCAUCAGUCUCUACGGUCACUUCUAUCCUGAUGCGGCGCAGGGCAUCAUGGAACAUGUUGGACACGGUCAUAGCCACUCUCAUGGCGCUGCAGCACUCGGAAUCCCGAGCAUGCACGCGGCAUGGCUCGCGGCAGGAACAAUCUUCAUCAAGGAGUGGCUGUAUCACGCAACAAUGAAGGUUGCACGGGAACGCAAAUCAUCGGUCCUCGCAUCGAAUGCCAUCCAUCAUCGAGUUGAUAGCCUGACGGGAUUCGUGACGCUGGCAGCCAUCAUGGGAGCUAAUGCAGUGGAGAACGCGGCGUGGCUGGAUCCCGUCGGAGGUCUCCUCAUCUCGUUCAUGGUGAUCCACGCCGGCUGUGGAAACACAAUUGCGGCUUUCUGCGAGUUGGUGGACCAGGGCAUCGACGAUGAAGUCAAGUCGUCCGUGUCCAAGCACGCACGCAAGGCCUUGGCAGGCGUGGGAGAAGGGCACGAGGUCGAACUACGCGAGGUGAGCGGUAUCAAGUCAGGCCAGAAUUAUCUGGUGGACCUCGAGAUGGCGGUGCCGGGCGCGUGGUCGGUGGACACGACAAAGCAGGUCGAAGAUGCGGUGCGGACACAGGUCGGAGGCAGGGUGCGCGGUGUGAGGAGAGUGCGCAUCCGCUUCGCGCCCAAGGAGGCGCCUAUCAAGGCCAAGUUUGACGACUUUAUCCCCGGAACUGUGAAUCCACCACCUGAGGGAGACGAGUCGAGCGAUGAGACGGACGGAGGAGAGUCGGACCAUGAUCACGAUCACGGUGAUCACAAGCCCAACGGUCAUGACAUCAAGACAAACGGUAACCACGAGCGCGUGCAAGACCACGACCACGGCCUCAGGAACAGGAACAAGCAUUAG